AUAACCUUCUCGGCUUCUCCUGUGCUAUAUUUGCUACAAUGCUUUGUCCUCUCCCUCUCUUUGUCUUCAAACCAAACUUCCUUCUUCAUCUCGCCGCACACCCCAAGAGGCAAAACGAGCCCAGAGCCAAACACCCAAGGAGAGCUCGCAUCUGCACGAAACACCCAUGGCUAGGGCCAUUGCGAUGCUCUCCCUGGCCGCGGUGUUAUUCAGUAUAGCUUCGGCUGGGACUACCACCGGAGCGUCCUGGAGCCCGCGGCCAGAGGCCGACCUCGUGACAGGGCUCCCUGGGCAACCAGUGGUCGGCUUCACGCACUACGCCGGCUACGUCGAUGUCGGAACAGGCGGCGACAAGUCGCUCUUCUACUGGUUCUUCGAGGCCGAGAAGGAGCCGGACAAGAAGCCCCUCUUGCUGUGGCUCAAUGGAGGGCCCGGAUGCUCUUCCAUCGCCUAUGGCGCCGCCCAGGAGCUGGGCCCGUUUCUGGUCAGGAGCAACGGCGCAAAUCUCACUCGCAAUGCCUACUCGUGGAACAAAGCCGUGAACCUGCUGUUCCUGGAGGCGCCGGUUGGUGUGGGGUUCUCCUACACGAACAAGACGUCGGACCUGAGACGCCUAGGCGACCGCGUGACGGCGCAGGACUCGUACAGCUUCCUCCUGAACUGGCUCAACAAGUUCCCGGAGUUCAAGAACCGGGACUUCUACAUCGCCGGAGAGAGCUAUGCCGGGCACUACGUCCCACAGCUCGCAGAGCUCAUCUACGAGGGGAACAAAGCGGCGAGCAGAGGCAGAACCAUCAACAUCAAAGGUUUCAUGAUCGGCAACGCGGUGCUGAACGACGCGACGGACCAGCUGGGCAUGGUGGAGUACGCGUGGAGCCACGCCGUGAUCUCGGACGAGCUCCACGCGGCGGUGACGCGGGAGUGCGACUCCUUCAAGGAAGAAGCCGACGGCGGCAAGCCCAGCAAGGCAUGCUCGCCGGCCGUCCGCGCGUUCCUGGGCGCCUUCGACGACAUCGACAUCUACAGCAUCUACACCCCGACCUGCCUGCUGUCCCCUUCCUCUUCCUCUUCCUCCACCACGUCGUCGCCGUCCAGGCUCGUGGCCGCGCCUCGCGUCUUCUCCCAGCACGAGGGAUGGCACGCGAUGACGAAGCGGGUGCCGGCGGGGUACGACCCGUGCACGGAGGCGUACGUGAAGGGGUAUUUUAACCGCGGGGACGUGCAGCGGGCGCUGCACGCCAACCGGACGGGCCUGCCCUACCCAUACUCGGCUUGCAGUGAGGUCAUAAGCAAAUGGAACGACUCGCCGGCGACAGUUCUCCCCGUCCUGAAGAAGCUCAUGAGCGCCGGGCUGCGCGUCUGGGUUUACAGCGGCGACACGGACGGGAGGGUGCCGGUGACGUCGACGCGGUACAGCAUCAACGCGAUGAAGCUGCGGCCGCGACAGAGGAAGCAGAGGGCGGGGGCGGCAGAAUGGGGCGGGUGGAGGGCGUGGUACCACAGGCGGCAGGUGGCCGGGUGGGCGGUGGAGUACGAGGAGGGGAUGACGCUGGUGACGCUGCGCGGCGCCGGUCACCAGGUGCCACUCUUCGCCCCUGACCGCUCGCUCGUCAUGCUCUACCACUUCCUCCGGGGUCAACCCCUGCCGGCAUCGCGCUCCCGCUAGCAAGUGUGUCUUGAUUGUUUAGCCUCUGCCUAGCUAUAAGCCAGCGCGAUCUCCAUUGGUUAUUUGCGCAAGCGUUGUGGUAUGGCUGUAACUUGUGACUUGUGACAAUAUGGAAUUUCAUGAGAAGAUAUGGCCCAGCGCUCUAUUGGAUUAAAUGGGUUAUUGGCCCCUC